CCACUUGGGACAGUACAGUUGUGCGCACGGCCGCAGUAAGUUUAGUGAUCGCGAUCAAACAUGGUGAUGCGAAAUGUUCGCAAGUAUCCGGCAAUGUCUCAGGCCGGUUUGGGCAGGGGACAGAGCGCUCAAGAGUAUGACCCUUCCGCCCGCAUUAUGGUAAAAGUGCUGCAAGGUUCAAUCUACGGCACCAAGGAUCGUUUACCGAACGGGAAGCCAUACUACUGCUUCAAAGGCAUACCGUACGCUAAGCCACCGGUAGGGAAGCUACGCUUCGCCUCUCCCGAGCCGAUCGAUCGCUACCCGGUAUCCUAUCUGGACUGUAGCCGCGAGCGGAGCAGCUGCCUGGGAAGGGAUGUGAUCACGCGCGAGAUCACCGGCUCCGAGGAUGGACUGUUUGUGAACGUGUACACGCCGGCCCUGGGCAGGGAGGUCAGCUCGACGGGGACACCGCUAGCGCCAGUGAUGGUGUUCUUUCACGGUGGUGGCAUGACCGGGGGCAAUGGGGAUAGCAGCAUGUACCUGCCGGACUAUCUCGUGCAGGAAGGGGUCGUGGUGGCCACGGUGAACUAUAGACUCGGUGUGCUUGGAUUCCUCUGUCUACCGCAAGCGGGUAUAGAAGGAAAUGCUGGCUUGAAGGAUCAGCGCUUAGCACUUCAGUGGAUUCGUCAGAACGUCAGCACAUUUGGUGGUGAUCCGAACAAUGUCACACUGUUCGGUGCAAGCUCCGGUGGCAGCAACGUUCUGAUGCAUUGCUUUUCCGAUCUCUCACAACCGUACUUCCACAAGGCGAUCGCCCAGAGCGCCACCAUCUUUGCGGAUCUAAUCUACCAAACGGAGCCGGAAGAGCGGGCCCGCUCGCUGGCACGCAUCUUCGGCUACGAGGGCACCUCGGAUGAGGGCGUCCUCGCGACGCUACGGGACGUCCCGGCGAGGCGUCUGUACGAAGCUCAGUUCUUGGUGCUUUCCGAUCGCGAGCGUGAGUACGAACAGAUCUUCCAGUUUCCCUUCACGGCCGUCAUCGAGCGGGAACAGUCGACCGAUCCGGUGCUGGUGAAAACGCCCAUGGAAUAUCUGCGCGAGCCGAAUCGAAUGCGCGUGCCGGUGCUGUGUGGGUACAACGAUAAGGAGGGCAUGCUGGAGCUGGUGGAUAUGAUCAAGAACCUGUCGGUGUACAACGCACGGCCGGAGAAGUUUAUCUGCCGCUCGUUCGAUGUCGAUUACUUUAGUCCGGCCGCACGGGCACUGGGUGAAGAGAUGAGGCGGCAUUACUUUGGCGAAGCGUCGAUUUGUCGUGCCAACCUGGACCGAUUGGUCGAUCUGCUUACCGAUCGGUUCGUGGUCGGCUACUAUGUGCUGUGCAAGCUGUGGAGCGAACAUCAGACAGCGACACCACUGUAUUCCUACCGCUUCGCUUACGAGGGAUCGCUCAACAAGGGCAAGGAGUUGCUCAAGUUUCAACACCUACCGGGCGCGUGUCAUAUCGAUGAGGUGUACUACCUGUUCAGCUCACCGCUGCUGCGCACGGAGAUCCCACCGUCCGAUCCGGCUUACCGCAUGCGGCAGCUAAUGGUACGCAUGUGGACAAACUUUGCAAAGCACUCGAACCCAACGCCACCGACGGAGGAUGAACCCGGUCUUCCAUGCCAGUGGGAACCGAUGCGAGCGGUCCCGGGGACGGAUGGACAGCCGACAAACUAUACCGUGUUUUCGAUAGGCAAGGAGCUAACGAUGAGUACGCUGCCGGAGCUGGAGCGAAUGGGCAAGUUCCUGGAGGUGACAAAACGGUGCAACGGUACGAUCGAUAACUUCGUCAUACCGCGCAUCGAUUCUCGGCCAACAACCGGUGGGCGGGAAAGGCAGCAGUCGUUUGGUUAAUGUUUGAUUAAUUUUGUACCGCGUUUGGACUUCCGCAAUUGAAAUGGUGUAAUAAAUUUAUAAUUAAUACACAGUU